AUGGCGUCCAAACCAAAUGUCACAUUCUUUUUGUUAUUCGUCACUUUUACUUUUGUAAAGACUCAAAAUAUAAGCCUUUUUGACAAGACAACUGAAGGCCUUUUGGGAAGCACUAAAGGCUUUUCCUUAAAUUUCACAGAACGCAGUGCAAGAUUUGGUUUUGAAUCUGAUGAACACAAAGUGUCAACAGAAGAUGGAUACAUUCUUACUUUUUUUAGAAUGAGAAAAAAGAACUGCGGUGAGUUAAAAAGGACGCCAGUGAUACUUUGGCAUGGACUUAUACAGACUAGUAACCAUUGGUUGGAUGCUGGUCUAAAUGCAAGUUUGGCGUAUCUGAUAGCUGGUGAGUGUCAUGAUCUGUGGCUCGGCAAUGACCGCGGUAACUACUAUAGUAGAGCACAUGUCCGUUUAAAUCCAGAUAAAGAUUCCAAAUUUUGGGACUAUUCAGUUGAUGAAAUAGGACGAUAUGAUGUACCUGCGACCAUAGAUUAUGUUUUAAAAUAUACUGGAGAAGAUAAAGUGAACUUUAUUUGCUAUUCCCAAAGUGGUACUACACUCCUCAUUUUAUGUUCAGAAAGACCUGGAUAUUGCGAGAGCAAAGUUAACGUCUUUCUAGGUCUUGCCCCAUCGGUGAAAAUUAGCAAUAUGAAGUCAACAGUGGUGAGAGUGUUUCUGGAAAGUUUAAUUCGAUUGAAAGGAAUAUUAACAACAUUAGGUAUUAAUGAAGUUUUAGCUAAAGGUGGAGUUACUCACGACUUUAUAGGUCUUGUGUGCUUAUUAAGACCAGCUGCCAAUAUCAUUUGCGGUACUGGAGCAGGAUUCUUAGACUCAUCCCACCCUGGAUCCGUUACAGGCGAAACUUGGCAAAUGGUAUCAAGACACACGCCGGCAGGAACUUCUUUGCGUACUUUAUUACAUUAUAGUCAGAUUUUUAAAACGGACAAAUUUGAAAAAUAUGAUUUUGGAAAAGCGAGAAAUCUUGAAGUUUAUGGGACAGAACAACCACCAACCUACAAUCUAGCAAAUGUUACUGUGCCUGUUGUACUUCUCCAUGGAAGCAAUGAUCAUUUCAUUGAUGAGAAUAAUAUGCUGUGGUUGCAACAGGAAUUGCAAAAUGUGUUAGAAACGUACAAAGUAACUGACCCAUUGUGGAACCAUAUCGACAUGGCAUACAGUCAGCAUAUCAAUCCAAUGAUAUUUCCUAAAGUGAACGAGUACUUACUAAAAUAUAACAAACAAUAA